AUGUCCGCCCCGCGCCCGGGCCACCGCUCCGGUGUGGCGGGAGCCCCGAGCCUCCCUGAGCCCUCAGCCCUGGCCGAGCGGGCCCCGCCGGGCGCGGGCCGCAGCCCGCCCCGCCACCCGCCGCCGCGGGCCCUGCCCCGGAGGGUCUCGGUUGGCGGCCGGCGGAGCGGCGGGGCCGCGUUCAGGGUACCGAUCCCAUCUCCCAAGUCCCAGCCUAAUGGAGCCAGUGAAGAAGCCUUGCAGUGUGAAAUCAAAGAGCUGAAACAGAAAGACCUUGCUCUAGACCAGGAAAUUGCACAGUUAUUGUCAGAGGGCUACAGCCUGGAGGAACUGGACAAGCACAUCUCUCUGCUCCAUGAGUACAAUGAAAUCAAAGAUGCUGGGCAGAUGCUCCUGGGCAAGCUAGCUGUUAUCCGAGGGGUCACUACAAAACAGCUCUAUCCUGAGUAUGACCUGGAGCUCAGUGACUAGUGCUCAACCUGGAGAGUGCCAUGUCCUGCAGAAGUGGCUGUCACUGGGCCAUUACACAGUGGUUCAUCCUGGUUUAGCAGAGACAGAAGGUGCAAAAGGAACCUUUGGAAAAGAGAUGUAGGAUUUUAGGUAAUUUCAUGUACUACCUGAUCAACAGGAUUUUUUUUUUUUUUUAAGGUUGUAGUUCAGGUUGAUGUUGAGGCUCUUCCAUGGAGCCUUUGAUUCCCUGCAGGAUCCAGGGGCUGAAUGGAUAGAGGAAGUGAGGACAUACACAUGUGCAAUGUAAUAGCUGCUUUGAAAGGAAAACCCUCAGAAGAAAGGAGGGAAGAAGGCAGAAAUUGUGGUGGUUUGGGGGUUUAUUUUGUUUUAUCAACAAAUCCAGAGAACUCUGGGUGUUCUGCAUUUUUGUACUUACCUGCUCUGGUAUCUGGAGGUUUUCUAUCAUUUCUGUAGUAAAUGGCAAAAUGUAAAGUUGUGUUGAACUGUUCACUGAAUAAAGCAGCCUUCACAUCUGGCAGUAAAUCA